AUGAUCAGCUCAACCAGUCCCAAUUGGGCGAAAAAGAAACCAGUUGAGGCACUCGUUCUCCCUGGUCUCUUUGUUCUGCAGGAAACUAAGUCCCUCCUGGUAGAGGAAUGGAAUGGCCUCCAGGAACGUGUGCUCAAUGUGGGCCACCAUUGCCUUAGGAGCUCUCCUCCUAUUGCUUUAGCGUUGUUGCUCAACCUCCUCAGUCUCGGACUAAGAUUCCUUAUAAGGUCGUUCCUCCUGAAAAACAUGAGGCUCUUCCAACCUCCCAGUUGGUCUAGCAACCUCCUCCCAUACCUCUCUACGUCAUUUCCUCCUAAAGUAUUCAAGUAUACUAGAGGAAGUAGAUGCCUUCUCGGGAUAACAUCGCCACCUAGACUUUACUUUCCAUUGCAUUGUUUACUUCUUUGUUUGCACUAG